AUGGUGAGACCAGCGAGAGACGCCAUCGAUUCUUACAUGAGCAUCACUGGCGCUUCCGAGUCACUCGCGAUUCAGAGACUUGAGGAACAUGGCAAUAACCUCACUGAAGCCAUCAAUGGCCACUUCAGGGAUGUGGAAAGAAGCAUUCUUGAUCCAAACUUAGAUAGUCGUUCAGAAUACAAUGUUGUGGAAGAUAGCAAUCAGGUUCGUGGUAGUGAGACUAGGCCAGUCCCAGGCGGACUUCCAUCUCUUCUCUCGGCUGCUCGGUCGUUUAGACCGUCGUUGCUUCUUGAUCCCAAUUACAGAAGAAAUAUCCUUAGGCAGCUCAGUGGCUCUGCUAAUUCUGGAAUUCCCCCUCCAUCAUCUCACACAGGAGAAGUCACAGGGUUCCCUGCUCACUCUACUUGGGGGAAUGAUCAGCUCCGUCCUCCUGGACUUGGAGAUGCUAGACAUUCACCAAGCUACGGAUCCCAGGUCCAUGGUGGAACACAUAGGGAUGCUGAGUCACCUGUCUAUAGCAACGAUGCAGAAGAAGAAAUGAUCAGAGCUGCCAUUGAGGCUUCGAAGAAGGAUUUUCAAGAGGGUCGUCACACAGGACAUAGUUUGGAUAAUGAUCCAUCUAGCGUUUUAUCUCCAAGAGCGGUUAUUAAUCGGGAAGAUGAGGACAUUGCUCGUGCAAUUUCGAUGUCCUUAGAGAUGGAAGAGCAAGAGCAUGCAAUGCGAGAGCAACUAGCUGAACUUAUGCCUCACUCUGUGGAGCCUCACGGCCCAUGUCAAUCUAAUACAAAUGAAAGUAGCAGAUAUAAGCCUGGGAGCUCUUCAAUGCAAGACAAACGUGAAGACAUGAAACAAAAGCAGCCUAUUGAUACGAGCUCUCAGCAAGGACAUGAUCUCCAGAAUGUUGUAGGUUCUUAUCCUGAAGAGUGGGGUGGCAUUCCGUCAAAAGAGCUACAGGAGGCAAUAAUGCUGGAAAAGGCACUCUUUAGUGGAGUAGCUCAAGAGAGUACUUCACAUAAUAAUCAGCCUGGGAUUCACAUGGAGUCACAGUCUCCCGAUCAGAGGGUCAUCGGAGAGGAACCUGAGGGAUCUUUCACUAAGAAGAGGGCAGCGCUUCCUGUCGAGCCAACAGUUGAAAAUGAAGAUGCCAUCACUCUACUUGUUAAAAUGCCAGAUAGCAGCCGUCAUGGUCGUCGCUUUCUCAAAUCAGACAAACUUAAGUACCUUUUUGACUUCAUAGAUACUGCUGGAUUAGUUCAACCAGGCACAUAUAGAGUGGUUAGACCAUAUCCUCGACGUGCUUUCAGCCUUCAAGACGGUGCCUUAACUUUUGAGGAACUAAGUCUCACCAACAAACAAGAAGCAUUGUUUCUAGAGCUACUGUAA